AUGUUGCACAUGAAUGAGAAUGAGUCAAUUUCUGAAAACAUUUACAGAACAUUGACCAUUGUUAAUCAGAUUAGAAGAUAUGAAGAGAAGAUGGAAUCUCUUCAAGAGAUAAAGAAAAUUCUACGAUCACUCAGUCCCAAGUUCGAGCACGUGGUUGUAGCAAUAGAAGAGUCCAACGAUCUCAGUGCCAUGACCACCAAUGAGUUGAUAGGCAUACUUGAGAUUCAUGAACAAAGAAUCAACAAGAAGACUCCCUCAAGUUCUCUAGAGCAAGUUCUUCAAUCAAAACUGUCUUUCAGAGAUGAUAGAAAUGAACAAGGGGGGACAUCACAAAGAAGCCGAGGAAAAGGCCGUGGUUACAAUAACCAAAGUUUUGGUUUUCAAGGAAGAGGCGGAAGAGGUCCAACCGAAGGAGGAAGAAGUCAACCACACUUUGCUCCAAGAGGAAGAGCAAAAGGAAAAGAAGGUUGUUACAACAACCGACUAGGAUUUAACAAAAGCAAUGUUCAGUGCUACCAUUACCACAAGUUCGGGCAUUACAACAAUGAAUGCCGAAGUAGAGUAACAACAGAAGCCAGAGAGCAAGUAAAUUUUGUCGAGAAGGAAACAAACAAAGUCGGACCUACAGUCCUGCUUGUCCACCAUGGAGAUACUGAAAACCAAAACAAUGUUUGGUAUCUAGAUUCGGGAGCCAGUAAUCACAUGUGUGGUAAAAAAGAGUUGUUCGUCGAGCUUGACGAGACUAUACAAGCACAAGUCUCAUAUAGUGAUUCUUCAAAGACUCCAGUGAAAGAAGAGGCAAUAUUCUGA